UUCACGAUGAAAAAGUGACAUUCGGGGCUUAUAGUUCUACAAGCAACAUUGGUGUUGCUACAUCAGAUCAUAGCUUGGAUAAGCCUUCAUUCAGUACUCAGACCGUUUGUUGAGGAACCUCAGAUGCAAAUUGUGAAACAACUCACUGCGAAAUCAGAUAUUGCGCCGAGGAGGCGAGGCAGCAGAGUUGCUGUCAACUCAUCCCUCCGGUCUCAUGCGUAAGGCCCGCGCAGCACCAGGUUCUAGUCCGAAUCAGAAUAGGCUUGCAACAUGGCCUUGGCUUUGGUCCUCAGAACGGCAAGGCCGUUGCCGGUGGCGGCUCCAGCAUUAAAUGCCACUCUCACCGCUCCCACAAGAAGGCACGCCUCGCUCGUAUCCUCCCUCGCGGCCAUUCACAAAGGCUUGGCUCGGUCUGAGAGAGCACGGCCACAGGGUGCCCGGACAGACAAGGAUCGCCCAGAGGAAAGCACAAACAACAAGGCCAGCAAUCAUCCAGAAGGCGCAACGCGCAUGACUUACGCCGAGAGACAGAAGGCAAGAGAAGAACUGUCCAAGCAGAGGCCGGCUUUCAAAAUCCGCAAGGGCAAGAAGGACAUCACCGAGUACCCGGACAAGGCCAAGAAGAAAUCCCGCCAGGCCCGGUUCUACGACCCCAAUUCGCCGUUUGGCAAGAAGAGCUUGGUUUACCAGCUCAAGACGGGCAAGCUUGGGGCGGAGCUCAAGGGGUUAUUGAGCCAGGACGGCGACAAUGCCUCAGAACCCUCCUCGGCCUUUGAACGCACGGGACCACGACCGGACCUGAAGGACAGGCCGCGUCGGGUUGCUGCCUCGGCAUCAAGGCACCGGAACACAACUAACGACAUGGACGUGGUUGCCGAGUUGUCGCGGACGACGGGGGAUUCCAGCUGGUCUUCGCGGUCGGAAGAACAACUAAGCACUGGCCGGGCGAGAAGAGGAAGGGUCAGGAGAGAUUCUCCGAUGGACGCGCACCGGUUACGUGAAACACGGCCCGUGUCCGACAGGGUACCGAAAGCUGCGAAAGUCCGCGAUCCCGUCUCGAUCCCCUACACUACCGCGGCCUCACAGUUCCUCUACGGCAAAUCCGUGGUUGAGGCCGCUCUCCGAUCCUCCCGCCGCAAGCUCUACAAACUGUACAUCUACGGCGGCGCCAACCGCCAAAACCCGCACGAGGACCACCUCAUGCAGAGCCUCGCCAAACGCAAGGACGUUCCGGUCACCGUCCUAGACGAGGGUGGCCUGCGCCUGAUGGACAAGAUGGCCCAGUCCCGACCGCACAACGGCUACGUGCUCGAAGCCUCGCCGCUGCCACAGCCGCCGCUCAAAGCGCUGGGCCCGCUUCCGGACGACUACGCCAGCAACCCGCGCUGCCCCGUCGAGCUCGCCCACCAGUCCGCCGAAGAAGCCGUCAUCAACGGCCACCCGACCUCGGUCCCGUGCCCCUCGGCAACGCACAAGCCGCUGGUGGUGGUGCUGGACCGGAUCAUCGACCCGCAGAACCUCGGCGCCAUCCUCCGCACCGUGUCCUUCCUGGGCGCCACCGCCGUGGCGAUCACGCGGCCCGGCUCGGCGCCGCUCGGCAACGUGGCGGUCAAGGCGUCCGCGGGCGCCAGCGAGACCGCCAACCUCUUCGCCGUCGACUCGCUGCCGCAGUUCCUCAACGACUCGCGCGCCAACGGCUGGGCCGUGUAUGCGGCCGUGGCCCAGGGCCCGAGCCCGACGGGCACGAAGCAGCGGCGGCACGUGAGCCUCAUCGACGUCGCGGAGACGGAUCCGCUCAAGCGGGAGCCGUGCGUGCUGCUGGUGGGGAACGAAGGGCAAGGGCUGGACAGGCUGGUGGUGAAGAAGGCGGAUUACCAGGUGAAUAUUCCGAAUCUGUCCUCGUCGAGCACGGUGGAUAGUUUGAAUGUGAGCGUGGCGACCGGGUUGCUGUGCUCGGCUUUCCUGACCGGGGUGGUGAAGGAGCGGGAGCAGGCGGAGGCUGAGGGAAGGGGGCCGGCGCUGUUUUGAAGCUGGAAGGUGUUCGAUUGUGUAAUAUGUAACUUUGGCAUUGUGGGGGACAUAGGUUGGAAUGGCUAGAAGUUGGAUAGACCGUUGGUUUGCAUGGCUUGUAUCAUAGGAUAGAUACCCUUUUAUAGGACUGUCAGACAUGCAGGGGGUAAACUAUAAACAAUCAACAGUCGCAACC